GAUUCGUGACCCUAUCCGCGUUUGCGUCCAUUUUCGACGCACGUUUCGUUUGCGAUUGUUCUGCGCGCGAACAGUGUUUUCCCUUGCUGUGCGGUAUAACUUAUUUGAAAGUUUAGGCAAUGUCUCUUCCUCCAGUCAACCCUUCGAGCUUGCUGCCACUAGAACUGAUCGACAAGUGUAUCGGGUCGAAGAUUCAUAUUAUCAUGAAGAGCGACAAGGAAAUCGUCGGAACACUCUUGGGAUUCGACGACUUCGUCAAUAUGGUACUUGAAGAUGUGACGGAAUAUGAGAGCACUCCUGAAGGGAGAAGAAUCACCAAGCUUGAUCAGAUUCUCCUUAAUGGAAACAACAUAACAAUGAUGGUCCCUGGAGGUGAUAUGCCUGAUGCAUAACUAAGUUUUCUGUGAAGUGUUUGUUUUCAAUUGAAUAAAUGGAGGUGUGCCAUUG